CAUUGACAUUGUGCGCACAAUCCAGUACACCAGCCAGGCAGGCAGACAGUACCAGACCGCAACCGAACAAUCGACCAUUCGCUGCCCUGGAUGCUGCUGCUCUUUCAUAAAUAGUAGUGUUUAACGUUGAUUCCGAAAGUGAGACGGUAGCAACGGUUGGCUGGCUAUACAAAACCAACCAAACACAGUCAUAUUGACUUCACACAAUAGCUACGAUAAUUUAUUAAUUCUUUUAUUUUCUUUGUUUGGUGUCUUGAUUUAAUAAAUAAAAUAGUAAUAAACAUGCGUUUCCUGCAAGCAACGGUAGUGUCGAGACAUUGUGCCAUUUUAAAAGGCUUGGCAUAUCCUAGAAAUUAUGCCACUGUGGCGGAGCCAGCGGCGCCUGCCGUCAAAACAAAAACCAUACCAGGCCCAAAAUCGUUGGAAUUGAAGGGGAAAUUAAGCGCAAUACAAAACUCUGAACCAGUUCAACUUUUCGCUGACUAUGAGAAGUCAAUUGGAAAUUAUUUGGUUGAUGUCGAUGGUAAUGUGUUACUUGACGUCUAUACACAAAUUUCCUCAAUACCAUUGGGCUAUAAUCAUCCCCGUCUCUUGAAUGUCUUCCAAAAUGAAAAGAAUUUAAAAACAUUAAUCAACCGUCCUGCCCUGGGUGUUUUUCCUGCAAAGGAAUGGCCGGACUAUUUGAACUCAAUUCUUAGUAAAAUUGCACCCAAAGGCCUUAAUAACCUGACAACAAUGAUGUGCGGUUCCUGCUCAAAUGAGAAUGCAUACAAAAAUAUUUUUCUUUGGUACCGUCGCAAUCAGCGUGGUGAAAACGUUGACUUCACAGAUGCUGAAAUGCAAUCGUGCAUGAUUAACCAACCACCCGGUGCACCCCAACUGAGCUUGCUCUCGUUUAAGGGCGCAUUCCAUGGACGCACUUUGGGCGCACUCGCCACCACACAUUCCAAGUAUAUACACAAAAUCGAUGUGCCUUCAUUCGAUUGGCCAAUUGCCACAUUCCCACAAUAUCAAUAUCCGCUCGCUGAAAACGAACGCUACAAUAAAGAGCAGGAUCAACGUUGCUUGGCUGAGGUUGAGGAUCUGAUUGAAAAGUACAACAAAAGAGGCAUACCAGUAGCGGGUAUUAUUGUUGAGCCCAUACAGAGUGAGGGUGGUGAUAAUGAGGCUUCACCGGAAUUCUUUCAGGGUUUGCAAAAAAUUGGCAAACGUCGUGGUGUGGCACUGCUGAUCGAUGAGGUGCAAACCGGCGGUGGUUGCACUGGUAAAAUAUGGUGUCACGAACACUUCAACUUGGAUGGACCACCUGAUGUGGUGACAUUCAGCAAGAAAAUGCAGUUGGGCGGUUACUUCCACAAGGAAGAAUUUAAGCCGCGUCAAGGUUAUCGCGUCUUCAACACAUGGAUGGGGGAUCCGGGCAAGUUGUUGCUGCUGCAAGAAGUUAUUAAUGUUAUACAGGAAGAUAAUCUAUUGAAGAAUGUGAACAUUGCUGGAAAGGUGUUGAAAGAUGGCCUGCUGGCUUUGGAAAAAGAAUACUCACAUAUCUUAAAUUCGACAAGAGGGCGCGGCACAUUCUUGGCGGUCAACUGUCAGAAUGGUAAAGCGCGCGAUGAUAUCGUAACUAGGCUCAAAUUGAAGGGCAUACAAACUGGUGGCUGUGGUGAGCUUUCAAUACGUUUCAGACCCGCUUUAACAUUCCAAGAAAAGCAUGCACACAUUGUUUUAGAUGGCUUUAGAAGCCUUUUGAAAGAAUUGUAAUUAGUUAGCGAGACUAUGGGGCUUUAAGCUGCUGCCGCACUUGCAUUUAGUAAAUAUCUGUUAGAUCAACGGAAAACUUUCGUCGAAUUGCAGCGAGCUAUCGAAAUUUGCACAAAAGUAUUUGAAACUAAAUGCAAAUGAUUUGUUUAUCACUUUGAUAGUCUAGUACCUACUUAUGUAUGUAUGUAUGUAAAAUUUAUCAUAUCGAUUUUAUAUGAAGAGAUAGAAGAUAGACCUUCGAGCUGAGAGUGAAAGGUUAAAUAUGGAUUAUAUUGUAUAAAGAAAAUACAACACAAGGAUUGUGCUCUGAAACUUUGCUUCCAAUAAAUUAUGAAUAUUAAUUAUUUACCAAACAAACAUAAAA